AUCCCCAUUGGUCAGCCUUCGACCGAUCGAUGACAUGCGACAUCCCUAUAACCACGUCUCGCACAAAGUCGAUAACCAAACCUCCUCGCUCGCAUCUAUUUUCGACGCGACUCAAAUAAACGUUCGAUAUCCUCGGAAAAUUAAUUUUCGUUCCGAUAAAUCGAUAUCUCCCGCGGCAAAAUCGUUUGAAUAUCCUUGAGCACCGGUAACAACAAUAACAAUUGCUGAAGUGCCGAAGGAUCAUCGUAGGAUGCACUGAGCUGUACGAGAAAAACUCACCCAGUAAUAAAUCAAUUCAAUAAUGGACGAUCCAACUGACAUAUCAUCGAAACCACCGAAGCCCAGUGGCAGUUCAGACAGCAAAAGUCAGAUGCAAAUGGUCCUGACAAAGAUGAUUGAGGAGAAGCACACAUUCACCUACAAGAAACUCGUCGUUCCAAUGUCCAUGAGAAGUGUCUACUGGAAAUUCUUUGGUUUUCCAGCGACUGAGGAAGGGGACAUCCUGACUAAAGUGAAGAUCGUCUGCAUUCUCUGCAAAACUCAGAUCGCCUACAACAGGAACACCAGCAAUCUCAGGAUGCACCUCCAGAACAAGCACAAUCAGGAGCUGGUGGAGUUGGAGGCGUCGACACCAGUGAAGAAACCUCUCCAGAGUUUGAAGGACAAGAAGGUACAGAAAAAAAUGCUGAAGGCUAUGCACAAUCAUCACAUCUACACGACGAACAUCGAUGGAACUGUUCAGAUCGAUGGAGACAUUCAAUUCGUGACCGAUCCAAAUAUUUCACUCUCGAGUUUGGCGGAGGACAUGAGUGACGACAUGAACACACCUGUCAGGGUCAUGAUGAAGGAGCCCUCGACUUCGAAUUCGAAUGUUACUUACCUGGUGCGUGAGGAGCACAACAGCAUCGACGAGAAAGCUGUGUCAGAUGCUAUUUCAGAGUUUAUCAUCAUUGACCUUCAGCUGCCAGAGAUCGUCGAGGGCAGGGGAUUCCAGAGGCUCAUCGCCACCCUCAGGUCUCCCUGUGAAAUUCCGAGCAAGAAUAAACUCGAGGAGGAGAUCAUUCCAAAGGUCUACGAGACAUUCAGAGAGGCUGUCACGUCGACGAUUGCCUGUAACAUGGGGGAAAUUGCACUUUCCGUCGAGGAGUGGAGGUCCAACUCGGGGGAGAGCUUCGUCACAAUCUCCAUGUUUUAUCAGAACCCUGGGGAAGCGACUCUGGAGGUCAAAGUGUUGAGCACGGUGCAUGUGUCCCAGGACUGGGGGGAGGGACAAUGGGGCAGUAUGUUGGACGCUGUGAUGCUGGAUUGGGAGCUGAGAAUUGAGAAAAUCACUGCUGUUGUUGUUGGAACCAUGAGGAAUGAUCUCGUGGCUGCGUUGAGCAGCAGGGGACUCACUGUUGUGCCAUGUUUGUUGAAUACUCUCCAAGUAUGUGCUCAAGCUUGCUUCGAGACACCUGAGGUGGCAGUGAUUCUGAAUAAGUGCAGGACCAUCAUCGGGAGCAUUGCAAAUAACAACGCUGCUUUGGCUACGAUGACCAUGCAGGAACAGCUAUUGGAGUUAGAGGAAAAUCUUAUGGCUAUGGAUUACCCAAAAAUUUGGACGUCGACGUACACAAUGUUGGAACAAAUGAUCAUGAGAAGUAACAUUAUUACUUCGAUAUUCGAGACAGUCGAAGGCUUCGAUCACGAGGCGGUCGAGCUGACCAACGACCAGUGGAAGAUCAUGCAGGAUUUGGUGGCUGUCCUCGAGCCAUUCAAGGUCACGAUAAUGACCUUAAGCGAGGAGAAGAUGCCACUGAUAUCUCUUUUAAAACCCCUGCUGUGGCAGCUGGUGUCCUCCCAUCUGAAGCCUAAACCCAGUGACAGUGAAAUAGCCAAGUCCUUCAAGGACUCUCUCUCGGAGAUGCUUUUGGAACGUUAUGCUGAUCCCGGGGUGACUCUCCUGCUGCAGAUUGCAACUAGUUUGGAUCCCAGAUUUAAACAGCUGCCUUACGCAACUGAGGAGGACAAAACGACGUCAAUAGAGCCAAUAAAGGAAAUGUUAAUAAAUAUGAUUCAGCAAGGAAAAUGCGAGGAGUUAGAUACAAAAAGUCUAUCCCCUCCCAAUAAAAAACCUCGACGAUCGGGGAUGGAGCUUCUCCUUGGUGAUCUGUGCUCGACGAAAGUCGGAAUGCCAGCGAAGGAGAAGGCGAAUUUGGAGGUGGUGCAGUAUCAGUCAGAGCCAACAGCAGCCCUGGACAGCUGUCCCCUGCAGUGGUGGUCCCAGAUGUCCGUCAAGUGCCCCAACAUGGGUAAACUCGCCAGAAAAUACUACUGUGUUCCUGCUUGCUGUGCACCAGCCUCGAGAAUUCCAGCUGAAGCACAGAUUCUCCACGAUAGCCGGAGGGCAGCCUUGCCACCUCACCUGGUGAACAAACUACUGUUUCUCCACGGCAAUCACACGGCUUGAAACUUCUUCGAAAAACUCGAUACAUAUGCUAUUACAUAGUUUAUCGGAUUCGGGUAUUUAUGGUGUGGUCAAGGAGAAUGGAGUAGCGAAAGGUCAGUAAUAUCUCUGAAUCUAAGGUAGAUAGCGGAUUUUUUGUAACUACAUUUAUUGUAGUACUCAAUUCACUCUACAAAAAAUGUUAUGAGAAAAAAAAUUCCAUCUCCCUUAGAUUCCGAGAUAUUCAUCAAAAACUGAUCAAUCGUCAAAAGCGACUUAUCUCGGUUUACCGAUUCGCCUGUAAAUUAAAAAAAAAUUAUUAUUUUUGUACAUAAAUUGUUGGAAGUUUUGCAAAAUGAUGUAGGAAAUUUGCGAUGGCCUAGGAGCAUUAUAAGAGUGAAAAUAAUUUCUAAGACUUGGACUUGCAUGCAUGAGUUUACAUUGGACGCUGGUGACUUCACAAUUUUUUCUGUAUCACCGACGGAUCGAUGAUAAAGACAAUGGUAGAAUGAUUAAUAUCUUGUUAAACUUACUCAUUCUUCGCUAAGCUACAUCAGAGAUUAAGAUAGUUGUUACGAGUCUCCUAGGCUUUCCGAAAUUUAUCGAAAACGUUUUUACAAAAGUACAGGAAGCUUGUUUUUAUUUUCCUGGCGGCGCCAUAAAUAUGUUAAAAUAAUGAGUACAAAGAUUCGUGAAAGGUAAUUACUGGCUUACACUUGAAAAUCAAUGAGUUUCGUCGUGUUAAGAUGGGAAAAACCGUAUGUAAAUACAUUUUUUUAAACUGA